UUUAAUAAUUGUUUUCUUUAUUUCGUUGCAAUAAAACAGAACCCACUCACUCUUGACAAAUGGAAUGAAACUACGUGUAAAUUUAUCGAUAUUUAUUCGAAAUUUCCAUUACUUUACGAUCCAGAUCAUCCAUUACAUGGCAAAAGUGAGGAAAAACUAAAAGCCAUAUCUGAGAUUCGCAGCACCCUAUUGAGUCAACAUGAUAUAAACUUCAACGAUGAAAUCGUAACCGAAGCCAUUGAUCAACUACGAUCUUGGUACUAUUCGAGCAAACGUCGACAACAUGUGACUAAUUAUAAUUAUGAACUUCAAAAAUGCUACGCAAAAUAUUUAAAACUGUGCAAAUUUUUGCCAGAAAAGAAAAAAAGGGUUAAGUUUCCGUGUAGCAAUUGCGAUAAGAUCUUUUAUACGGAGAAUCAUUAUAAAUAUCAUUUAUCGAAGGUUCAUCAAAUUGGAGAAAUAUCUUUUCAAUGUAAUCAUUGUGGAAAGAAACUUGUUUCGAAUUCUGCUUUGCAAAGUCAUACUCAAAGGGUCCACUCUGGAAAUAAGUUUCCAUGUGAAUUCUGUGGAAAAUUAUUUACGAUUCGCUCUCAACUCAAGAUACACACAUUGGUACAUACGAAUGAGAAGCCGCAUGUCUGUGAAUUAUGUGGCAAAGGUUUUAGACUACGAAAUAAAUUGGGUCUACAUGUUACACGUAUGCACACCAAGGUACGUGCCUUUAAAUGUACCAUGUGUCCUAAAGAUUUUCUCAAAAAAGGCGAUCUGAAGGAUCACGUAAAGACGCAUUUAAAUAUACGGGACAAAAUAUGCGAAACUUGUGGCAAAGGAUUUACAAAUUGUCAUUCGCUAAUACGACAUCGUCAGAUACACUCAGAGAUAAAAAAAUUUGCCUGUAAACUAUGUGACGCAAAAUUCCAUCAAUUUGUUGGUCUCAAUGGUCAUAUGAAACGAACUCAUAAUAUAGUUAAGGAUGCUAAUAAUUAGAAUUACACAACACGUAUGUUAAAUUAAUAUGU